AUGUACGUGGGAUACCUUUUGGAUAAAGAAAGCAGCAUGUACCACCACCAAGGACCUGUACGGCGUUCCAGCAUCAAUUUACCACCCCAGAAUUUCGUUUCGACACCCCAGUAUUCCGAUUUUACAGGAUAUCAUCAUGUCCCCAACAUGGACACCCAUACGCACACGCACACUCACCCUCAAUCGACGGGGGCUUGGGGAACCCCUUACGGCGCACCCAGGGACGACUGGGGCGCAUACAGUCUGGGACCUCCUAACACUAUAUCGGCUCCCAUGAGUAACUCACCGGCCGGACAAGUCUCCUACUGCUCUACAGAAUAUAAUCCUAUGCACGCUCCACCUGGAUCAGCUGUUUUACCCCCGCCACCGACAGAAAAUUUAUCCGCGGGCCAGCUCUCUCCUGAGAGGGAGAAGCGCAACUCUUAUCAGUGGAUGAGCAAAACUGUCCAGUCGUCUUCAACAGGUAAAACAAGAACAAAAGAGAAAUAUCGAGUGGUGUAUACCGAUCAUCAGAGGCUUGAAUUGGAGAAGGAGUUUCAUUUUAACCGUUACAUCACCAUCAGACGAAAAGCAGAGCUUGCGGUGAACCUUGGGCUCUCAGAGCGGCAGGUGAAGAUCUGGUUUCAAAACAGACGUGCCAAGGAACGAAAGUUGAUCAAAAAGAAGAUGGGCCAGUCGGAUGGCAGCGGUGGAUCAGUACACAGUGACCCAGGUUCGGUGAGCCCUUUACCGGUGCCGGGUUCCCUCAGUCCGUCGGACUUACACGGUUCGCUGUACCCAGUACCACCAACGGGAAUGAACACCUUACCAUCGAUGAGGAACAUACAGCAAGUUACUGUUACACAGUAA